UCUCGGAACCAAUACAACGCCGACCAAUCCUUUGUCUCCUACCUUUAUCAUGUUCAAAUCCCCAGCCCCAAAUGCCGCCUCUACGAUUUUGCCAUUUCUAUCACGACGACGUCCACGACACAGUCAAGCCGGUCUUGACCAAACGAACGAACGAUUACGAUCUUUAUUAUUACGCGUACCUGAUUGCCUAUAGCACUGAUAUCUGAACUGACAUGACGAAAAAACAUCACCCGAAGAAGAACCCCCCGAAGGAAAACCCCCCGAAGAAGAACCCCUACGAAUGGGUCGACUGGGUCGACGUGGAUAGAUAUCGCCCGAAGAAGAACCUCUACGACUGGGACGGCGACCUCGAUCUGACCCUCGACUCGCCCGUCCGUGGUGCGUAUCGUGGCGGAAAUGCGUUGGCGCUUGCUGCUCCCAGGGGCCUCGCUGGUCCCAAUGGCUCUGCUGGUCCCGGAGGCCCUCGUGGUCCUAGUGGUCCUGGUGGCCCUGGUGAUCCCAGCGACCCUUCUCGUUAUAUUACUCCUAUUAAAUCUCCUACUCCUAUUAAAUCUCCUACUCCUAUGGGUCCCAAUGGUCCCAAUGGUCCCGAUGGUCCUGAUGGUCCUAAUGGUCCUAACGGUCCUAACGGUCCUAGUGGUCCUAGUGGACCUAAUGGACCUAAUGGUUCUAACGGUUCUAAUGGACCUAAUGGUUCUAAUGGUUCUAAUGGACCUAAUGGUCCUAGUGGUCCUAGUGGUCCUAGUGGUCCUACUGGUGGAUCAAGAUUUGGCACGGGUGUGACGGACGUGGGUGAGAGAUCCCCAAAAGCUGCAAACUGGUUUUGGGCACGUCGACGACUGGAGCGGUGGAAGACAGUGGACAGUUAUUUGGGGGACCCCAGACGAUUCAGGAAAAAGACAUAUUCCGACCAUGAGGGCAGGCCCAGGACACAAGCUCGGGGCAAACCAGCAGCGAAAGCCUUACAAAAAACAAGGGCAAAAGCCCUACAAAGAGCAAAGGCAAAGGUGAGAAAGGAUGGGGAGAGUGUUUUGCAGAAAUACGGGAAGAAGAAAGCGGGCAAGAAGAUGCAGUUCGCGCCGACUGUGCAGAUCAAGGACUUUUACAAAGAACUGGCACCAGCGACGACGCGGAUGCAGCAGUCCCGGAGUGCCGAGCUGAAGUGGCCAGUCUUUUCCUUUCCGAACACGCCGGGUGCGGUGACAAAGGCACCACGACCACGUCCACAAUCGGCCAUCGGUCCUUCUUUCGGGCCCUUUGCGCAGCAACAGCUGCCUAUCGAUGUCGAGGCCUCGCGCAUGCCCAAGCUGCCGAAGGAUGUCGCGGCGGCGCUGGCAGAGCUGAUCGCGUCCGGGGCGAUACAGGGGCGGGUUUCGCAGCGAAUGAACCUGGGCACGGGGGAAUUGCAGGACGUGGUGAGGGUGACCAAGUCAGAGGAUUAUCUGGCAGUGUUGGCGUAUUGUCGGGCGCUCAAGGCCUAAAGAGGGCAUGUUUCGUGCAUAUAGGACGAUAAGAUAAUAAUUUGAC